GCGUUUUCACUCGCGACGGGCGGCGCGCGCGUGUACGUACGUACGAAUCCGAUGGAAAAAGAGAGAGAAGCAUAGGUACGUAUAGUUGGCCGCAUUGUGCAGCCGACGCAGCCUCGAGUCAGUACAAACACGAUUCGGAGCUGCUCGCGAGGCGUUUUAGCCAUAGUACGAGGAAGUUUAAUGAUAAACACGAGAUUGUGUACAGUGUUAAGUGUUUACGACGAAUACAGUGCGGGGGAGAGAUCGAUGAAUGAGGCGCAUAGGGGCCGAUGGCCCGGUGAGUAGUGCAGUGUCGUCGAGACCGCGUGUCGUCGAGCAGUGACGAGAGUGUACGAAAAAAAAUUUCGAAACGAUGAGGGUUGGCAAGGAGUCGGUGCUACGAGGCCACGUCGGCAACCGUCUGCUGCUGCUCGACGAGGCAUCAUCAUCAUCCAUGACAUUGACGUGCAGCAGCAGCUGUAGCAGCAGCAUCAGCAGUAGUAUAGGCACCAGCAGCAGCUCAUGCAGCAGCCGAAAGCUCCGCGGCGUGCUUGCAAGCUCGCGCGCUGGCUGCAGCCUGACGACUGUCGUGCAGCAGCAGCAGCAUAGACGGGCAUGAGGCCCCGUUUUUCUCACUCACCCCCUCACAGCAAAAUACACAGGCCAACUGCAGCAACGGUGUCUUCCCUUAAUGAAAUGAUAAACAAAACAAAAUAAAUAACUCAAGAGAGCUUCCCCCUUAAAAAAAAUUUUCAAUCGUGUGCCAAAACUCACAGACAGAGACGACUGUAUUAAAAAAAAUAAAAAAGAGAUAAAGAGGAGUGGAUAUAGAAACAGUUAGAUAGGCAGAGAGAGAGAGAGAGACGAAGGUUUAAUAGGCUGGUGCGCGAGAGCGAGCGAGAUUCAAUUAACGCCGCAACGGAUCGAUCAGCAUGGACUGCUGCAAUUACAUGCCUUACCAGCGCCAGCAGCACUAUUACUCCCAUCAGCAUCAUCAUCAUCAUCAUCAUCCAGCAGCAGCAGCUCAGCCCUAUCCGACGUAUCAGCGUAAUCAGCAACAAGCGUUGCAGCAUCAGUACCCCCAGCAACAACAACAACAACAACAACUACAACAACAUCAAUUCAAUCAGCAGCAACAGCAGCAGCUGCAACGUACGCAGCAGUACUGCUAUGAAGCUGCCGCUUACUCGCCCUACGACCCCACGAUGUCGUCGUCUGCGACGUCUGCGGAGCUUUGCGCCCCGAGAUACGCCAGUCCCGCUGCGCCCUACGCAACCGAUUACGUGUACAAUCCGAAAGAGGCUCGAUUGCGCAAGGCGAUGCGCGAUCAAACUCGGUCAACAACAACGGCAGCAACAACGACAGCAGCAGCUACGGCAAACAAUAAUAAUAAUAAUUCACCCUCGUCGCUGGGCGGCAGUUUGCUCGAGCAGCAGCAGCAGCAGCAGCAGCAACGGAUGCAGACGUCCUCGCUGAUGGUCCACAACAACGGAAACGGUAGUAGUAGCGGCGCGGCGAUCAAUCGAUCCGGUCCAUGGUUUCCAGCGGCGGCGGCGGCCGCCUCGUCGCAACCUUCCUCCAAGUCCGCUUACUCGCCAAAGCACCGGACGUCGACUCUCGAUGCCAAAUCGAAGGAUGGCACGAGAAAGCAGCAGCAGCAGCAAGACUGCUCGAAUCAGGGCUGCUACCCUGGCCAGGCCUACGCCGUCGACUAUCAUCCCGUGACGCUGGAUGCGUCGUCGUCGGCGGCACACCAAGCAGCGACCCCUCCGGCGGAUUACUGCUCGUAUAAUCCCGGUAAUCUAUCCUCCAAGUGGUAUCCUUAUCAGAAUGGUGCCAGCAACAACAACAACAACAACGCCUAUCACUCGCGAAACACGCUAAUGUCCAAAAUAAACGGCUAUCAGCAGCAGCAACUGAGAGCCGCGCAGCAGCAGCAGCAAGGUGCUCACGCGAUGCGACCUCUCGCUCACUCAGCCUGGGGUCAGUUCUGUAAUAUGCCUUAUCAGCCGAACCAGAGUGUACUCGCUCGCGCCAACAGGCACAUGUUCUAUCUUCAAGAGCAGUACCAUCAGCAUCACCAGCAGCAACAGCAUCAAUAUCAGCAUCAACAGCAGCAACAGCAUCGGCAAUUGGACUACGCCGACGGCGCCGCACAGAUGCAGUCGGCUUUCGAAGCCAAGAUGCAGGACGAGUUGGCGCGACGGCUACACGCGACUCCACCUCAGGCAGAUUCGCAGUCGAAAAAUCCACUGGCCCAGCUGCAACUGAGCUGCAGCGGCAUCGGCGACAGCUCUCCGAAAUACUGUUCGAGCAUAACCGGCGGCGGCAGCAGCAGCAGCUUGAUCGAGGAGGCGCCGCGAUGGAGCACACCGAGGCCCUCGUCGGUCUCCAGCUCGUCCUGCACGACGGACACUCUGUUCGAGCGCGAGGAAGCGCCGCUGCUACCGAGACAACCGGCCCGCUGCAGCAAGCCCCUGCCGGGCUUCCAGCAGGCCUUCGGCUCCACGGAGAUCGGCAAGUUCUCGCGCUCCGAGCUGUUCGCCAGCCUGAUCGAGGCGGCCGCCGCGGCCACGAGUACGGUGAGUACGAUCAGCAGUCAGGGCGAUUACGGCUCGAGCUCGUCGCCGGAGAUGGACGACUCCUCGACGUCGUCCGCCUCGCAGCAGCAACAGCUUCAUCAGGGCAGUGCGGGUUGGCACGCCGCUGCCGCCAGUCCGUACGCCGUCGGUGGCGAGAUCUGAGCGCCUCGUACACGAUAGCCGUCCGUUAUAAAAGAAAAAAAAACAUUAUUACACUCAGUGUUGCGAAUCGCGGAGUAUAAUCGCAUAUAGGUGUGUAUAGAUGUGCUCUUUUCUGCAAGUUAUUGUGUGUGUAUACGUACGUGCCACAGAUCGAAGCGUCUCUUUUCCACCUUAAUCGCAUAAUUGUUUUUAUCGAUCGCGUGGCCUCGAUAAUAUACAUAUAUUGAAAACAAUGCCUCGAGCUCUGGCUCUCGACCCGAAGAGAUAGAUGCUCGAGGCGAGUGAUUAUGUUUGUGUGUCUGUGUGUAAGUGUGGCCAGCAGCUCGACUGUACAAUACAGAGAGAGAUCUAUUAUAUUGACAUUUAGAAAAAAUUCUCCGAUCGAUCCGAGUGAAAAGAAGAAAAAAAAAUUUUAUCGUAAUUUUAUCAUCCAACGAGUCUGUCAUCCUUUUAAUAUUAUAUCUUCUGAACGAGAAAGAAUUCAUGUGAUUUACGACGUUGGCUUUCGUUUAGCUUUUUUAUAUACAACACACUCACACACACACACACACACUCACACACACAUACACACAAAAACAAUACGUACGAUUAUUGUUUUUAUCAGAAGAAAUUAUUGCAGCGCUGAUCGAUAUCGAUGUAAUUUAAGUCGCUGCGCUGUGUUUCUGAAUUCUGUGCCAUAUGUCGUGAUCAACGUUUUAAAUCAAAAGAAGGCUAAUAAUUGUACAAAGUUUAGGGCAACGUCUCAUGGAUAUUUUAAAUUAACACAACAAACAAAUAAUAUAUAUAUGAUAUAUAUGAAUUAUUAAUAUUUAUAUGAAAUGAA